AUGCCUUCUUGCAUUUCAGGGCCAGCCAAAGCCGCGCUGGAUGCCUUGAAUCCACAACAAAUCGCAUUCCUGCAGUCUCUCCCAAAAGCCGAGCUGCACGCCCAUCUCAACGGAUCUAUACCUAUCGAUGUGCUAGAGGAACUAUUGCAGGACUAUACCCCUCUAACUCCUGCUUCCCUCGAUAAAAUCUCUAUCCAGAAAGCGAUCGAUCAUUUCAGGACGGGCCCGUCUCUCGAAAGGAUCGGAGACUUUUUCCUCCUCUUCCGCGCCAUCUACGCCUUGACCUCCAACACCCCAGCGCUGAAACGCGUCACCAGAGCUGUCCUCAGCGAUUUUCUAGACGGAGACGCGCCCCAAUGUCACUACCUCGAGCUGCGGACUGGGCCUCGCCAAACUCCGUCCAUGACGAGGGAAGAGUACAUGUUGGCUGUCUUGGAUGAAGUGGAACGGUACGAUGAGGACCGGGCAGGUCUCAUCAUGACUCUCGACCGCAAGACUGGGGAGGAGACGUGGCGAGAGUGCCUGGACAUUGCCCUCAAGCUGAAGGAGGCCGGCCGGAGACUCGUUGGUGUGGAUCUUGCUGGCGAUCCUUUUGCAGCGGACGUUACCUCGUUCCAGACGUUCUUUGCGGAGGCGAGGGCAGCAGGGCUCGGGGUAACACUACAUAUCGCAGAGACGAUACACAAUACUCGAGAGGAAACCCUCAAACUGCUUUCCUACCGGCCCCAACGCCUGGGUCACGCCACCUUUUUGGACGACGAAGCCAUACAUAUCGCACUAGGUGACAACAUCUGCAUUGAGAUCUGCCUGAGCUCGAACCUCUUAUGCAAGACUGUAAAAGGUCUGGAGAGCCACCAUAUCCGUCAUUACCUUGCGCACAAGCACCCAAUCGCCAUCUGUACCGAUGAUACUCUACCUUUCCGGACCUCCCUCCUCGGUGAAUAUGCGUUGUUGCUCGCUCCGGCGCCGCUGGGAUUGGGAUUGACAGAGGACGAAGUGAGGGAGAUCGCUGGAAUGAGUAUGAACUGUAGAUUCAAGAUACCGAAGAGCCAAUAG